CUCACCCGCAUUUCGCCUCGCAUCGCAUGUUCGAGUAGCCAAUCCCAGCCUACCAGGUUUCAAUUGUUAAUUGAACUUCCCGAGCGUCAAGCUUUCCUCUUUCCUUAUGCCCUCGUACGGCUCCCUCCAUUCUCCUUCGUUGCGCAAAAUGGAACACUCCCGGGCGAGUUACGGCCGUAGAGGCCUCAAUAUGUCCAAUAUCAUCGGUGAUCCCUUCGCUCUGGCUACGGUUUCUAUUGCAGGGCUUGCGUGGGUGAUUUCGUUCAUCGGCUCAAUCAUUGCUCGGGUACAAGAAACCCGCAAAGACCCCUUUCCGCCGUAUUCGUGGUUUGCGCUGGUCCUCAUGUUGCCAUUGAUAAUUGGAAUAACUAUUGUGGUUGCAUCCGAUUGUAUUCAGACCUACCAUGUCGCCCUUGUCGGCUACCUGGCAUGCGGUCUUAUCGCCACUACUUCGUCGGUCAACGCGCUCGUCUAUGAUGCUAAUGCCGCCAGAGAGGCUGCCGCGGCCGGCUUUAUUCUGUUAUCCAUGGUCAACAUCGUGUGGAUUUUCUAUUUCGGGUCUGCGCCGUCUGCUGUGCCAAGAGCAUACAUUGAUUCGUUCGCUCUAGCCAAAGAAACGACGAACAACCGGCAAACCGUGAAUGGAGGAUAUCGCCCUGAGACCUCUACCUCUGUUCAACCGCCUCAGAUGUACACGUCCGCCCAGCUCAACGGAUUCGAAAACCCAUCUCCCGUAGGAGGUUUUAAUGGAAAUGCUCCGCGCAACUCGGGUGGUACUCCCGGAUUCCCUAGUGCUCCCAAGGCACCAUCGCCAGCUCAGAACGAGCCCGAAAUCGCCGCCCCUACCGAAUAUCCGUAUCGGGCGAAGGCCAUUUACAGUUAUGAAGCGAACCCGGAUGACGCAAACGAAAUUUCGUUUUCCAAGCACGAAAUACUCGAAGUGAGCGAUGUAAGCGGACGGUGGUGGCAAGCACGAAAAGAAAAUGGCGAGACGGGAAUAGCACCCAGCAACUACCUCAUAUUAUUAUGAGAUGACUCCUAGGCUGGGGGCUCCUUGCUCUGGAUUCAUUCGGCUUUGGGAUGAUACGUUGAAUUGCUUUGUCUAGGUGGUCACCGAUGACAAUAGCGUGAGUAAUCUGUAUUUGAACGGGUU